AUGGUUGAUUGGACUCGAAGCGAAAACAAAUCUCGUCCGAGUUUAAUGCUUACAAGUGAAUUGUGUGCUGUUCUAAUACCCAUUCUUCUAUACAGCAUACCUCCGGUUAGCUUAGCAUUACUAAAUGAAAAUCAUCUAUUAGUAGCCAUUCCUAAAGCUAUUCAAGGCUUGCUCAAAAUGGAUGAUAUCGAUGAAGACAUGAUAAACAUAUCUAUUCGUUUUUAUACGCAAUUUGCUCAGUCAAAAUGCAAACAAGAGGUAUUUGACGAUGAUACAGAAGAUGAAGAAAAAAUAGAAUCAUUCAAUACGGAAACAACUGAACAGAGAAUCAAUACAUUUGUUCCCUUGAAUCUUUCUCAAGAUUUAGUUUCAUCAUACUUUAAUCUAUAUCAGCAAAUUCAGAAAACAUCUUUACUUGAUCAGAAAUCAGCACAGCAAGAACAAAUUCAAGCAUUAUUCAAUGAAGAAUGGAAAAAAUUCGAUAUUCUACAACUUCAAAAUGAUUAUAAACAAGUUCAGCAUGAAAACACGUUACUCAACGAAGAACUACUACAAUUAAGAGAUGAAUUGCAACGUACUCAGUCAGAGAGAGAUCAAUUUAGAAAAGAAAAUAUAAGAAUGUCUCAAGAAAUAGAUAAACUUAAACUGAUGCCAAUUACUAGAAAAUCUGUAGAAUCUCAACAGUUAUCAAUAGUUGUUUCUGCUGAUAAUAAUAGUCAGAAGGAUACAAUUGAUGAAUUACAAAAUCUUUCUCCAAAUGAAAUCACUCCAGAACAAGCAGAAAAAUAUAUUCGAGAAAUUUAUCAUCGUCGAACAACAUUCAAUGAUAAUGAUAUGCGAAAAUCUAUUUGUGGAUCACUCAAACAUCUUGGCUCUGAUCUUUAUAGUUCACCUGUACAUUUUUUACAUGAACUUAUUCAGAAUGCUGAAGAUAAUUUUUAUGAUAAUUCAAUUAGACCAUGUUUACGUAUUGAAAUUGAUCAUAAUUAUAUAUUUUUAUCAAACAAUGAACAAGGUCUUCGAGCAAAAGAUGUAUUAGCUAUUUGUAGUUUAGCUGUUAGUACAAAAACAAUUCAACAAGAAUAUAUUGGUGAAAAAGGUGUUGGUUUUAAAUCAGUUUUUGCUGCUUCAAAUCAACCAAUGCUUAUUUCACAUGCUUGGAAAUUUCGUUUCCAUGUACCAGGUGUUGAUUCUAUGUCAUAUAUAACUCCAUUAUGGAUAACAGAUCAAGAUAUUCCUGAUUGUAUUUCUAAUCAAAUUUCAACAAAUGCUCAACAUACUCAUCUUUAUCUACCACUUAAAUUACAAGUACAUACACCCGAAGCCGAUCUAUUUCUUAAUCAAGUUAUCAAAACUGUAGAUCCAUGUAUUUUACUUAAUAUGCGUCAAUUGAAAAAACUUGAAAUUAUUGAUCAAAGACAAAAUAAAAUAACAAUCAUUGAAAAAAAAAUUAUAGGUCCAACACAAUUAGAAGAACAAUCAAAUAUAACAUUUGAAGAUUUUACAUUUCUUAACCUCACUGGAUCUAUCAUUCAAUUACAUACUUCAAUAGGAUAUAAUACUUUUCGUGUAUAUACAUGUUAUAUUAAUGUACCAAGUACGAUGGAAGAACGACGAACUUCAAAAACCCGACUUAUUAUAGGAUUUCCUUGUGAAAAUAAUUAUAAUUUGACAAGUACAGUUUAUGCAGGUUUACCUGUUUGUAAUCUUGAUUUUAAUUUUUUAUUUAAUGCUGAUUUUCAAUUAGUCACUAAUCGAGAAAAUGUUCGAGAAAAUGUUUUAUUCAAUACAUUUAUUCGUAAUCAUUUAUCAGCACUUUUUGUUUAUCUAUUAUUAAAUGAUAUAGAUUUAAGAAAAGAUAUCAAUCGAUAUUGUCCAUCAUUAAGUAUACAUCAAGGAAAACAUUCAUCAUGGUGGCUUGUUAUGAUUGAUAAUAUCAAUGAAUUAAUAACUAAAUAUCUUUCAGUAUUAUUUGAUAUUCGAACAGGUAAAACAAUUCGUUACUUUAAUAGAGAUUUAUCAUUAUUUGUAUCAAAUAAACAAUUAUACAAUUGUGCUGAUAUUCAUGUGAUUGAUACAGAUAAUACUUUCUUAACAUUUGAACAAUUAAAAUCUUUUAAAAUUCAAUCAGUUUCAAUCAUAGAUAUUUUAAAUUGUUUUCCACGUCGAGAAGAAACAUCAAUAAAUGAAUAUCGUCAACAAUUUCAACUAUGGACACAAAAACAAGAUGAACAAUGGUGGUCUCUACUUUUUCAUCAUUUAACUGAAAUGAUGACAUCAGAAAUUUCUUCUAAAAUUUUACAAAUACCAAUUUUUCUUCUUCAAAAUAAUCAUCGAAGACAAUAUUUACCGAUGAAUAAUAAUAAAAAUUUACUUCUCUUUAUUAGUGAUAAUAAUCCACAAUUUCGAAUGUGGAAAAAACAACUUACACUUUUACAAUAUUCUUCAAAAUCAGAGAGAACUGCUCUUCUCAAAUCAAAUCAUGUGCAACUUCUUACAGAAGAACGAAUGAUUGAAAUUAUUCGUCAAAAUCAUUUACAAGUAGCUGUUUCAUCUCUUGUUACUAUUCCAAAUACUGAGUUAAUCGAAGAAAUAUGGGAAGAUUUGUUCUAUUUAAAAUCUCAUUUAGAUAAAUUAGAUAAAUCUACUCCAUUUCUUGUACCAGUUAUUGGAACACCAAAUCUUAUUCCGAUUCAAAAUGCUAUAUUACCAACAAUACUAGGAAUAGAUAUUCAAUCAUUUAUACAUCCAAUAAGUUCAUCAAUCAUUGCUUUUCCUUAUCAUAAUACGCAUAAUUGUCAAUUGAUCGAUAUUCUUCAAUGGGAAUAUUUCCUACUUGAAAUGAAUUGUCAACGAGCAUCGAUUUAUCUUCCAAGAAACUAUUCUAUCACAAAAUUGCCACUUUUACCAAUAUUAACAAUGUUUACAGAUGAAAAAUAUGCUCGACUAGGAGAAUUAAUUCUUUCUUAUCAAAGAGAAAAUACAAAAGAUUGUCUUCGACAGUUUCCAAUUGUUGAUGAUUCAAAACUUGUACAACAAAUAAGUCCAGUCUCAGCGACAUUUGAUAAAGUGAUUGUUCAUGAUUUACCAUCAUUACCACGUAUUACUAUUCCAUCUUAUGGUCGUGUAUUAGCAAAAAAUCUUGGUAUUUGUGUCGAAUAUGAUCUUUGUACAUGUGUUAAUAUUCUACAAUUAUUAAGUAAUGAAAAAAAUACAAAUAUUGAUUUGUAUAUUAAAUGGUUAAGUCAUUUGCAAUUGUAUGUCUGUCAACAACAUAUUGAAUGGGACACAAAAUCUUCAUUAUUAUCAUGCCAAUUGUAUCUUCCUGAUCAAAACGAUUGUUAUUCAUUAAACGAUCUUUUAAUUAUAUCGAACAAUGAAGAACAUCAUAAUGGUAUUUUACUCGUUUCUAAAUAUUUCAAAUUACAAUUAAUUUCAUCAUCAAUUAAUCAAAUUUAUUGGCAAUUCAAAGAUCUCUUUCAUCUUUUAGGUUGUAUAUCUACAUCUACAAUUACUAUUGAUCAUAUUUGUACUACAAUCGAUUUGGCAAGUCGUGACAAAAGUAACUUCUUUGCUUUAGGUGAUUGUGCUACGACUCUAACAGAGAAUGGUAUGGAAAAAAUGAUUGUUCUAUAUCAAUAUCUUGAAGAUUCAAUAUUGAAAUAUGUCAAAAAGAAUAUGUCAAAUACUGAAUUAUAUGAUACAAUUGUAACAAAUAAACAUCCAACAGCAUCAUAUGGUAGUCGAGAAGAUUUAGAAUGGCGUUUUAGUUUUACUUGUAAUUCUUUAUCACAACAACUAAAAAAAUUAACCGAUAUACAAUCACAAGGAAAAAAAAUUGGUCUUCUCACAAUUAAUCGACAAAUUAUUACAAAAAAAUUACAUAAGAUUAUUUAUGCAUGUCUAGAAACUAAAAUUAUUCAAAAUUUAUCAAAAAAUAUUGAUCAACGUGAUUUUAUAUUACCAUUAAUUGCUCGUACAUGUCCAUUAGUUUUAGCGACAUUUGAUAUUGAUUAUAUUGAACGACGAUGUAAAGUUCAAUGGAUGCAUAAUAGUCAUAAUCUCGAAUUUUCUCUGAAACAAUUAACAAAAAUCUUUCGUACAACUCUUAAUGAUUCAGAAAUAGAAGUGACCACAGCAAAAUAUGCUAGUGUAACUCUUCUUCUCUCUGAUUCUUUUGUAAUUGAUUCACUUAAUGAACAAAACAAUCAAGAUGAAAUCAAUCGAUAUAUGAUAGAUAGUGAUUAUCCUUUCUGGAUAUUUAAAAAAACAAUUCUUCUUUGUACUGGUAAUAAAAAAGACAAUAAUUCAAAAGCAAUUAUUGCAAUAUCUGCUUUAACAACUUUAUUACAUAAACGAAAACAUCUACCAUUCGAAGAAGCUAAAUCAAUAGCUCAACAAAAGAUAAGUACAUGUAUAGCAUUUCGUUCCGAACAUCCUUCAUGUUUUGCUAGUACAGAAUCCACUAUUUAUUCAUAUAGUGAUCUACUAUUUCCUACUGAUCAUCAUUCUUUUGAAUCAAUGAUUAUAUCAAUAGGAAAAAAUUGUACUUUGAAACAAGAUCUCGAAAAAACUACAAUAACUACAGUUGCUGUUGAUCGAAUUGUUGAAGAUAAAAUUUAUCGAAAUCGAGUAAAAACACAAAAUGAUAUUCAACGAAAUAUGAAUAUGACAAACAAUUGGAAAGAUUCAUUAAUUGUAGAUGGUAUCGAACAACUUCGUAUUGGUCAAAAUGCAGAACAUUUCUUUUUUGCCUAUCUACAAAAUCAUUAUGGUUCAAUAGAUGUAACACCAACAAAAAAUUGGCGUUCGUCAUCGCGUCUUAUUAUUUAUCCACAAUGUCAACGUAAUAUAGAUGAUUCCGUUGGUUUUGAUUUUGAAUUACAUGAUACACGAGAAGUAUUUGUUCGUGAAUCAAGAUCAACAACAAAAUAUUGUUAUUUUGAAGUUAAAGGCACUAGUGGAUUAUUCAAUGAAGAAUAUACUCGUUUUUGUAUUUCUCAAAAUGAAUUAGACACGUGUCAAUCGAUUGUAAAUGAUAGGAAAAGACAAGAACGUGAAGCAUAUUUUAUUGUUAUUAUAGAAAAUUGUCUUGAUCUCGAAAAGAUCUCUUUCGGUACUAUAAUUAAUUGGAGUCGAAAUUUCGAUAAAUUAUCUUCGGUUACUAUGUAUUUUCAUAUUUGGCUUUGUCAAUAA